AUGAAGCGUUUGGUGUUUUUAUUGUUUUGCGUUUACCUGUGCCGAGGAAUUUCUGCCUCCGAAGCAGACUUGCUCGCUGCAUUGAAGGCUGAGGAGAUCCCGUUGGAAGCGCAAGUGCUGACCGGUGAAAAGCUCGUCGAGUACCUUAAGAAGAGGCAAAAUCUAUUUGAGGUUGAAAUAACACCAAAUAGUCAUAACUUCAGAAGUAGGUUAAUGGAUUUGAAGUUCAUCAAUCAGAACAAGAACCCUGUUGUCGAUGACCCGCACGACAACGGCGAGGACAUCCCCGGAACCGGCUCUCUUGUCAGCCUCACCGGCCGUUCCUUAAAAAAUCGUUUCGGAUUUCUUUGUGACUAUAGCUCUCGCGGGCUCCAGUUCAGGCUCCUCGACAAGAAAGGGUCACUCCGGCCUGUACCUGUUUCUGUCAUAACCGCAUUUACAGCUUUGAUGGUCGAAAAGUGUGGGCCAAUUGCACGUCACUCUUUUACAUCCGUGACCAAGCAAACUGUGGCUCAUGCUGGGCCGUCUCCACGGCAGCUGCGAUAUCCGAUCGCCUAUGCAUUCAUUCCAAAGGAAAAAUACAGGUGCAAAUCUCAGCUGCAGAGUUGGUAG